AUGAAACUUGGGUCAGAAGUGGCUUCUCAGAGCCGUACACCAGACACUCUGAACAAGCUGGAAGGCUGCAGUGCCAGGAGACUCCAGAGUAACACAGGCAAAAUGGCUUACAAAAGGAAAUGGUCAGGAUUGGGACCAACGAUAAUGAUAGUAUUAAUUCUAUUAAGAAUCGGCCCAAACAAACUCUCGUUGUCAGCGCGGCAGGCGCCCGCCCAAGCCCAGACCUCCGACCAGGUUUCGAGCCUGUUCCGGCCGGGUCGCUGGGCGCCCAGGGUCGGCACCUGGAGCUCGCCCGAUGAGGGCAGGAGGCCGAGGAAGCCGGUUCCGGGGACAGGGAACAGGGACUCAGGGACCCGAAGGCGGCGGCAGGACGCGACCGAGCAGGACCCCAGGCCCGGGAACGACGUCGCGAGCCCCGAGACUGCCGGGCUUCCCAGCCCAGCUGGCAUUCGAGCGCAGGACCGGGCGCCCCGGCACCGUCGCGCGCCACCCGCCGGGAUGCCGGUGGCCCCAGCGCCCUCAGCCGACGGAGAGCCGCUGCAGGAACGCGGAGGAGGCCUUUGCCACCGCUCCCGGAGCGUUUACAACGGGCUGGAACUGAAUACCUGGAUGAAAGUGGAGAGGCUGUUUGUGGAGAAAUUCCAUCAGUCGUUUUCCUUGGACAAUUAA